GUUUGUUUACAAAAUAAACUCCCAAAAUCCAGGACCUACUGAUCCACAUUUCCGCCCCGUCAACCCACAGCCACCCACUGAAAUGGCUUCGAACGUUAUAAUCAAACUCGCGUCGGACAGAGUUAAUCCUUCGCUUCUUUCCGGCGAUAGCAACCCGCGGCUGUUCACUCCCGGAGAGGUCAUCACGUCCCAGCAGGGAUUCAUGCGUGGCCACGGCACGUACAUGGAGGAUGAGGACAUCAAGUCGUCUGUGGCAGGUGUGAUGGUCCAGGUCAACAAGCUGAUCACCGUUAAGGCCCUCAAGGGACGGUACGUGGGCGAAAUCGGCGACGUCGUUGUGGCCCGCGUCACCGACGUGCAGCAGAAGCGCUGGAAGGUGGACACCAACUCGCGGCUGGACUCGAUCUUGCUGCUGUCGUCGGUGAACCUUCCCGGCGGAGAACUGCGGCGGCGAGGCGUCGAAGACGAACAGCAGAUGCGGAAGUACCUCCAGGAGGGCGAUCUCAUCUCGGCCGAGGUGCAGAACGUCCACUCGGAUGGGGUGCUGUCGCUGCACACGCGGAGUCUCAAGUAUGGCAAGUUGGGUCAGGGAAUUCUGGUCAAGGUGUUCCCGUCGCUGAUCAAACGGCGCAAGACGCACUUCCACAAUCUGCCCUGCGGAGCGUCAAUCAUCCUGGGGAACAACGGGUUCAUCUGGAUAUCGCCCGUCGUGAACACCGAAGGUGAAGACGGUGGUGGAUUCACGCAAAACCUGGACGAAGCCGUCUCGAAGCAGGAUCGGGAGGUGAUUUCGCGGCUGAGGAACUCCAUUCUGGCGUUGGCGCACUGCAAGAUGCUGCUGUACGAUACGAGCAUUUUGUACGCGUACGAGGAAUCGCUCAAGUACGACGUGCACGAGUUGUUGCACCAGGAAGCUAUGUUUGAUAUUGCGUUUUUGACCCAGCACAAGCUGAGGCUGCAGGAAUAGUGCCGAUGGAAUAAAACUUGUUUGAACAAAAUGAA